AUGCAUGAUGUGAAUUCCUGUUUAGCCGUGCAGCCCGAUGACUACGCCCAGUUCUACGGCUUCUCCCGUUACGCCAGAGAGCUGAACGAGCUGACCCCCGAGCUGAAGGCCGCCCUCCCCCCCACAGACACUCGCUUCAGACCAGACCAGAGGCUGCUGGAGGAGGGGAAGGUAGCAGAAGCAGAUAAAAAGAAGGAUGAGGUGGAGGAAAAGCAGAGGGAGAGGAGGAAGGAGAUGACCAAGACGGGGGAGGAGCACAUCUCCAGGUUCUUCAGGAAAACUGUGGACGAGGCGGGCAGAGAAGUGUGGCUUAGCAACGACACCUACUGGAAGCUGCGGCAAGAGCCCGGCUUCGCCUACACCGACAACCUGGACCUUUGGUCCUGAACACUGAGGGCAUGAAGAGCAGUGAAACGCCCUGUAAAUGGUAAAAAAAUGAUGAAUGUAUCCGUUAGUAUACAUGAAUAUUAACCUCUUAGAGAAGAUAUAAAGAUCCAGAGUUCUGCUGCUACCAUGAGACGUAGAGAAUUCAUGAUCAAAAAGCUCAUCUUAACUUUAUAUCUGUUUUUUAAGCUUUUUACCGAGGCCCUUCGAAAAGAGGAUUGAAGCCUCAGUGUGUAUGUAAAGUGUUUUGUAUCAUAGUGUUGGGACCAAUAUCAGAUAUUAUUUUGUUAGUUUAAAAAUGUCUAUUUUAAGUAAGGCUCAUUCUGAUAGUUGUGAUGGGUAAUGAAUAUUUGCAGAAGCUUGCUUCAGGACUCGGGGCCCAGGACCCGGGCCAUCAGGUCCUGGUGGGGUGUGUUACAGGUGAACUGGUGCUGUCCUGCUCCCUUGUCUGUGGGUCUUAUUCUUUAAACGUUUGUCCAUUUGUAAAAAUCUGUUUUUUUUUAAAUGUUCUGAUGUGAACACAUUGGUGAUGCGUCGUCCUCCUGCUGAUUGGGUCUGUCUGUCCUGGCAGCCUGUCCUCUCGUCUGUAUGAUUUGUUAAUGUCCGAAAUGAGCUGACGGGCGAGGGUUUUACCUUCUGUGCCUGGCGCUCUGUUGAGGCAGUGAAGUGUUUUUAUUGACGUUUCAACAAUGGAUUUUAAUAAGGAAAAGAGACUACUGUUAAACCCAGUGAACGUGUUUUCUUAAUGCUUUUGUUUCAAAUAAAAGGUACCAAAAUCAA